AUUUUUUUACCCGGGUAGAGCAAGAACUGCAAGUCACGAAGUUGUGUUGGCAGGUCUCAUAUUGCUCGUGUUAUAACCUUCCUUAUUUCCUCCACCAUCUUCAGUCUUAGUACCCACCCACCUCGAUGUUAUCCACCGUCCUAUUUGGUUUUUUUCUGGGAGCCCUCGCCCUCUAUGUCGCUAAAUUGCUGUUGAGCCGCCAGAGGCCUGCUGGCCCCCUGCCACCGGGCCCAAGGCCGACCCCAGUGCUUGGCAACAUAUCUGAUCUACCGCCGUCGGGGACACAAGACUGGAUGCAUUGGCUUCAGCACAAACAGGCUUACGGGCCGAUCAGCUCUAUCACGGUGCUGGGACAAACCAUCGUUAUAUUGAGUGACGCAAAUGUGGCUGUGGAACUGCUAGCAAAGCGCUCUUCAAAAUACUCCUCGAGGCCAAACCUAGUCUUUGCGUCCGAAAUGGUGGGAUGGGAGCAUUUUUUGGCAAUGCAGAAAUACUCUCCUCGAUUUCGCGCCUAUCGCAAGGCAAUGCAACCAUACAUUGGAUCUGAGUCGGCUGUGGCCCAGUUCAAUCCUCUGCAAGAGGUAGAAACCCACCGCUUUCUGUUUCGCGUCCUCGAAGAUCAGACGAAGCUCAUGGAGCACAUUCAAACAGAGGCUGGUGCAAUCAUUCUUAAAAUUGCAUACGGAUAUACUAUUGAGUCGCACAAGCGGGAUUCAUUGGUGCAUAUUGCAAAUCUGGUCCUAGAUCAAUUUUCCAAGGCUAGUACACCGGGUGUCUGGCUGGUUGAUAUUAUUCCAGCUCUAAAACACAUCCCGUCCUGGCUUCCCGGAGCAAGUUUCAAACGCACUGCUCAGGCAUGGAAGAAGAAUCUAGAAGUUUUGGCGGAAAAGCCAUAUGCAUUCGCACAUCGGCAAACGGAAGGAAAUACGCAUCAGCCAUCCUAUCUCUCUGGACUAUUUAAAACAACAGGGGUUCCUCCACGCGGCUCGGAAGAUGAGUUUGUUGCAAAAUGGACGGCUGCAUCACUUUAUGCAGGUGGUGCUGAUACCACUGUGUGUGCCAUCGAAUGCUUUUUCCUUGCAAUGACACUAUACCCCGAGGUCCAAGGUAAAGCACAAGAUGAAAUCGAUCGGGUUUUGGGGCCUUGUCAACUUCCAACAGUCGGCGACCGCUCUCGUUUGCCGUAUAUCGACGCUGUGGUGAAGGAGGUUUUGCGGUGGCAUCCGGUGGCACCUAUGGGACUUCCCCACGCGUCAACUGAAGAUGAUACUUGGGGAGGAUAUUUUAUUCCAAAGGGCUCAUUGCUCAUGCCUAACAUCUGGGCUAUGAUGCAUGAUCCUUCUGUUUAUCACGAUCCUAUGGUAUUCAAACCGGAGCGCUUUUUGGGAAUUGAUGGACGUGAGCCCGAGCUAGAUCCUCAUGACCUUGCCUUUGGAUUUGGGCGUCGCAUCUGUCCCGCGCGUCACUUGGCAGAUAACACAUUGUAUUUGAGUGCAGCGCAAUCCCUUGCGGCCUUUAAUAUCAGAAAAGCCGUCGAAGAUGGGAAGGAAGUUGAUGUCCAACCGAAAUUCCAGCCUGGAGUCAUCAGUCAUCCGGUACCAUGGAAGUUCCACAUCGAACCUCGCAGUGCGGCUCACGAAUCCCUCAUUCGUUCAGUGGAGCAGAAACAUCCAUGGGAGGCGAGCAAUGCACCAGACCUAGAAGACAUUUAA